UGUCAGCCCGCUCGCAAGAAAAUAGUAUCACAUCCAAGGCAUCGUCGUCAUGCCCAAGGUCGUAUCUCGUUCAGCGGUCUCUUCUUCCACGGACGCCAAACCGACGGCGUCAGCUGCUGCCGCGCUCCGGGUAUACUACUGUAUAUGCGGAGAGUUCAUUCUCGUCAUCGAGAAGAGUCUCGCUGCUUUACCACGGAGGCGCACGGAUAGCGCAUACAUAAUUCGUUGUCGGGCAAACGAGACGGGGAAAGCAGUUGUAUUCAAAUUGAAUGCAAGUUCUUGUUCUGCACCUGUGCUUGUCGAGAGGUCAGGGGCAUACGAAAGACAGUAUGGAUUCUCAUGUCCACGCUGCAAUUUAUUGGUCGGAUACCAGUCCACGCCCUGGCCUGUCAAGUCUGGACCGUAUUUGUAUAUCUUGAAGGGCGCUUUGACGCACGCACAGGGCCAAGUUCCUAAAGAUGCACUUGAGGGGUUGGAGGCAAGUCAAGAGGAACCCAACAGUGCCACCUGAACGCCACAUGUAUUCCACUGUUACGUGCAACAAGCAAAAUUUUGUACAAUAUAUCGUUGAACCCACGUCACAUCAAGUACAUCGCAGAGACCUCGAUUGUUCUCACCCUGUUGCUCUGUAAUGAAGUUAGCGGAAGGUCCUUAAUGCUAGGAAAUGGAACGCAAAAAAGGUGUGGUCGGCUCAUCUACCGUUGUAAUUGGUAUUCAUCGCACGCAAGUCAAAGAGACCAGUGCGCUCCGAUAGUGUGAAUAAGUUUGAAAUCAUCGCCGCCAUGGAAAGAAAAACCAAGUGUGAAAAAAGAGGCCUACUCACCAAGUUCCCCAAGCAAUGUGAUCAACAUCGUUGAA